AUGCCCGCAGUCGUCAGAGAAGCAGGGCUGAGAGGUCUGGUGACGCUUGAAGCACGGCGAUGGGAUCAGCAUGACAAUCGAUCGAUCGUAUCACCCACGGCAUUGGCCUUCUUGAUUCCGGUAUUGGCUGUGUUCUUUUUUGCGCCUUUCCUUUGCGGGUUUUGUAUUCGAAAGCGACGACGAGAUACACCGGUUAGACGGCAUGGCCCGGUAAAGCUGCUCACCUUACAACGAUCGGAAGCAAGGGAACGGCUGCGGUCGGUAGUAGAAGUCUCGAACGUGACCGGAGACCAAAAGGCAGCAUGUGUAGACAGACGUAAGGAGAAGGUUGGCUCAGACAGCGAAUCUAUCCCAGAGGAGGAAUGCGCAAUUUGUCUCUCGACGUUACGUGCACCAUCACCACCUGAGCCCGCGAAGUUGAGCAACGAGAACGGAGUGGUCGACGAGGCCGCGAUAGCGCCACCCAAAUCUGUGUUCGAACAAGAAGAGAAUCUGAGACUGAAAGAUUGCGGCCACAAGUUCCAUGCCGAGUGUCUCAUCUCUUGGGCGGUGCUGCACAAAAAUAGUUGUCCAAUUUGUCGAACAGUCUACUACCACGAGGAGCCAGAGAAACCGACAGAUAUCGAAGCCCAAGCGUCAAGCGCUGGUCAGGAACCUGCAGCCGUUGAGUCAGUCACACCUGCGCAGCCGCCUGUGUCCAACUGGCACUACUUCUGGACGGGCCGUGAUGCAAGGCAGAAUCACACGCAACCUGGUGUCCGGUCGAGCUGGCAGCAAUUCCGCAGGUUUCGCUCCUGA